CAUACUUAUGUGAUGGUUAUAUAAGUAACUUUUACUCAAAUUACGUUUGGAUAAUGUGAUUAUGGAUUAUAAAAAUAAUAUUGUGGAUAAUUUUUAGUGGUUACUGUGUGAGGUCGGAGGCUGGCUCGCAGCCAAUAAACAUUGUAUUAACCUUUAUGAUCUGAUGCUUGAAGAAUUAACGUCAUAGGGCACAAACUAGAAUGUUUAGAAUAAAGAAAAUAAGACAUCAUAAGAAAUACAAAGUACGAUGAAAGACAUUACAUCACGAUGAUAGAGGAAAGCCGAGAUUCUUCUAAGCGAGCAUUUUGCCACCAGACAGGUUUUGUUGACGAGCCCAAAUGUUGUUUUACGAAGAAAGAAGAUUCUAGACUAUUCUGUUGCCGGUGUGCACACAAAAGACGAGCAUCGCCACUCACUUGUUUAGCGAUCUGCUUUCUCGUACUAACUUACAAUCUUCUCGGUGGAUUCCUAUUCCUCGCAAUAGAAGGUGGCGUGACAACUGAAGAAACGUCCGUCGCCGCAUCCAAACCCAAUCCAACCCAGCAGGGCGGUGCAGAACUCCGAUCCAAAACUGUCGAACGCCUCUGGUCUAUUACUGAGGAUUUAAAUAUUUUGUAUAAAGAAAACUGGACCAAACUCGCUGCUAAAGAGUUGAUGGAUUUCCAGAAAGUUCUAUUGCGAUCAAUGCACAGUUCAGAGGGAGCACAUUAUGAUCAUGGUGCUGAUUACCGAUGGACGUUCUCUAGUAGUUUUCUUUAUGCACUUACUCUCAUCACUACUAUAGGUCAUGGAAACGUCACGCCGAAGUCAACAGUUGGUAAAAUAGUUGCAGUGGCGUACGCCUGCGUCGGUAUACCAAUCAUAAUGCUGUAUCUAUCCACAAUCGGCGAGGCUCUAGCUAGAAACUUUAGAAUUCUCUACUCCAAGAUAUGUCCGACGAGAUUUAAAAGUGGGAACUUUCACACCAAGGCUGAAUGUCUGGGCCGGUACUCGUUGCCAGCGUUGGAGUGUAGGCAGUAUGUGGACUGUGAUAAAAAAGGCAAACUCGGUGAUAAACAGAAGAUAACACCGUUCCAAGCAGCGCUAAAUUUAAACAGUUUAAGUGGAGGAUAUCACUGGACGUGUCGCGACCAUACGAGAGUUCCAAUAGUUUUAAGCCUUUUCGUCAUAGCAUUGUACAUAGGUCUCGGGACAUUCGUGUUUCAUACUACCGAGAAAUGGAACUUGAUAGAUGGAUGUUAUUUCUCAUUCUCUAGUCUAGCGACAAUCGGCUUCGGUAAUCUGAGGCCAGGACUGUAUGCCGCGACGGUGUCGGCUAAAGCUGAGGACGUGGCCGUCGGUGUGUGUUGCGUGUACAUUCUAGUAGGGAUUGUGGUAGUUGCGAUGUGCUUUAAUUUAAUUCAAGAGGACACUAGCGCCGCUCUACGCAGUGUGGCCACUCUCUGUUCGGGCGGGGGAAAAUCUCGUGCGGUACACAGCGUGGAAUGCGGAGACGAGAAGAUGACUACGACGGUGGCGGUUUCCUGACGUUCAGCGGCGGCCGAGUGCGGGCCGUCUGUGUCGGGAGCGCCGCGGCCUGAUAGAAGGCCGCAGGUCUCGUUCCGGAUAGACGGCUCGAACCCGACCAAGUUCAGCAGCCUGCCGCGCAGGAAGACCGCUGCAGUGGGCGAGGAGAGCUUCGUGCGGGGCAUACCCGCGCGACGUUCCGCCGGACCCGCGCCCCGAAGCCUCAGCGAGCUCAACCUGAGCGGCUCACGGCGCGACCGCACCGUCACUUUUGAAGAUGAUCGCGCGCUCGCUG